AUGGAGAGGAGAUCCAAAGGCGACUUUGAUGCAGAUGAGUUCGUUCGGAGCGGCAAAUUUCAAGGUCUUCCUCGUUCGCACCAGGCCCAUGCAGAGUCAAGGUGGGAUCGGGAAGAACGAUACCCCAGAUUGGCCCGGCAAGAUGACUCAAAGGCUUUAAAGCCCCGAGCUCAUCGGAUUACUGAUAGCAUGCCUGAACGGGUAAAGGACAAUGUCAAAGUUCCUGACUCGGUUCCAUACACCACUCCCGCUUCCGAAUUCAUCUAUGGCACUGGUGCCGUUGAAGCAGCCCUACGAUGCAGCCGUCGUCAAUUAUACAAGCUUUAUCUUUACCAAGCCACCGGCGAAGAGCUCAGCCCGACGAAAGUAUCUCUCCGCAAAUUAGCGCUCUCGAAAAACAUUGAAAUCAAGUUGGCUUUCGCAGGAUGGGAUCGGCUUCUCGAUAAAAUGAGCAGCAGUCGGCCACACAAUGGAUGUGUACUGGAGGCAUCUCCUUUACCUAAAUUACCUGUCCAAUGCUUCCAUACUGUGCCAGCUGUGACAGAAAGUCACUUCCGAGUAGAGCUAGCACCGCAAUCUCGAGAGGAAGCGGCUAUCAAUGGUACAAAUGAUCGAAUCCAAAUUCUUCAGCCGCACCUUUCGGAAAUAGGAGAACAGAACAGCCGCUUUCCUGUUGUUUUACUUUUGGAUGGUGUUGUUGAUACUGGAAAUAUGGGCGCUAUAAUCAGAUCUGCUUAUUUCCUCGGUAUUGAUGCAAUUGUCUUUGCAGGCCGCAACUCGGCACCACUCUCACCUGUGACUAUCAAGACAUCGGCUGGUGCAGCUGAAAACAUGCCUCUCUUACAUGUCAAGAAUGAAGUUGAUUUUAUCCAGCGAUCCCAGAAAAAUGGAUGGCGGUUCUAUGCUGCCGAUGCCCCAUCACCUGGCGCCACUUAUCUUGAUCGUCUUUCGGCUGAUACCAAACAAGAUGACAGCUCUCUUCCCGUUCUUCAGUCUCCUAGUGUGUUGAUGAUGGGGAGCGAAGGGUCUGGGCUUGCCUCUCAUAUCAAAUCUCAUGCAGAUGCAGUGGUCAGUAUCCCGGGAGCUCGACACAGCAUCGAACUGGGGGUUAAAUCCGACCCUGCCCGCAUCGAUAGUCUGAAUGUUAGUGUGGCUGCGGCAUUGCUGAUGGAGAUGUUUUUGCGAACCCCUCUUGGACUUUCUCAACCAAUUCAAAAGGGAAGGGGCAAAAUGUGGUAA